GGGAGCGGGAGCGGCGGCCGCGCGUGCGUCGAGGGAGCCGGCGCGGAGAGCGCAGGGGCUGGUGCCAAGAUGGCGGAGCGCGGCUACAGCUUCUCCCUCACCACUUUCAGUCCUUCUGGAAAGCUUGUUCAGAUUGAAUAUGCUUUGGCUGCAGUAGCUGCAGGAGCUCCAUCAGUUGGGAUUAAAGCUGCAAAUGGAGUGGUGUUGGCAACUGAGAAGAAGCAGAAAUCCAUUCUGUAUGAUGAAAGGAGUGUCCACAAAGUAGAACCAAUUACCAAACAUAUAGGUUUAGUGUACAGUGGAAUGGGUCCAGAUUACAGAGUACUCGUGCACAGAGCUCGGAAGCUGGCCCAACAGUAUUACUUGGUUUAUCAUGAGCCCAUUCCAACAGCUCAGCUAGUACAGAGAAUUGCUUCUGUGAUGCAGGAAUACACGCAAUCUGGUGGUGUUCGUCCUUUUGGUGUGUCACUGCUAAUAUGUGGCUGGAAUGAAGGGCGGCCGUAUUUAUUUCAGUCGGAUCCAUCUGGAGCUUACUUUGCAUGGAAAGCAACAGCAAUGGGAAAAAAUUAUGUCAAUGGGAAAACAUUCCUUGAGAAAAGAUACAAUGAAGAUUUGGAGCUCGAAGAUGCCAUUCAUACAGCUAUUUUAACACUAAAGGAGAGCUUUGAAGGGCAAAUGACAGAAGACAACAUUGAAGUUGGCAUCUGUAAUGAAGCUGGUUUUAGGAGGCUCACUCCAACUGAGGUUAAAGACUACUUGGCUGCAAUAGCCUAGUAGAAACCAAGCAAGACUGUGUGGUUCACACAAAGGUCUUUUUAAUUUUGGCUACUUAAAUGUUUUUCUUUGCAGUUUUUGCAUACUUAUUUCUACAUGGUUUGUCUGAGAGAUUUUUUAAACAUCAUGGAUGCAAAUACAACGGUCCUUAAUAUUGUAAUACAUUAAAUCUUGUUAAAGAUAAUUCUUUCCCUUGAUACACAAAAUACUGUACAAAAUGUAAAGUUAUAGUGACAGCUUGAAAAAGGCUAAAGAAUAAAAUCGAAGGCCACUGUUUUGGGGGAAAGUGUCUGUGUGUCUUUUUAAUCCUAGCUUGUUUAUCUGCAUAAAGCUUAGAUUUCAGUAUCUUUAUUUUUGAGGAAACAGUUUUUCCCAUACAGCCAUGAUGAAUUCAUGUUAGACCUUUUAAAGAAUUUAAAUGUUGAGCGGACAGGAUAAUUUUUCACUUUGGAAUAUUGUUUAAAUGUUAAGUAAUUUCCAGAAAUGGUUUUAUCUGGUGUAAAAAAUCAUGUACUUUCACAAAGAGACAGAACAGUCUUCCAUUUCAGGUAUGAACUGCAAUCUACUUGAGGCUCUCUGCUUUUGACCUUCUUCGUCUUUGUGUCACAAGAACUUGUUUUCCAUUACUUGAGUUAUUUUCGUGGCCCUAGAAAUUGCACUUUUUCAACCCUGAAAUAUUGUUAGAAAAAAUAGAAGUAAUAACUCUUGCUGAAAACUAAAUGCAUUUAUCACCAUCAAUAAAAAUCAACAGGAGUUACAAAACAGAAUGAGAGUACGUAAUGUAAUGACUUUAUCCCUUGAAUUGUCCUCAAAUAUUUUCCAACUUGCAAGAUAACUCUAAAGACAGGUGCAGAACUUGGAUAUUAUUUGUGGGGGGUGUAUGUAUCAAUACAUUUGUUACAUGUAUGGAGUUGGUCAGGUCAUAAAGAAACACAGAAUUUACUACAAAAGAAAGGAUAAAUAUAUGGUGGGGGGUUCAGCAGAAAUAAACUGGUCUGCAGCCGUUUAAGUUACUGUUUGCAGAUUUUAUAUUUUUUUAAAGCAAUCUCAUUAUUAAAAUGUUGAUAAU